AUGGGAAAACAGUGGUAAGAUUAAAUUUUGCAUUAGUCUUUUUCUAAUACAAAAUUGUAUUAAAAAAAAAAAAAAAAAAAAAUUCUUGCUCAAAGUAUUAAGGAGUGCCUCAAGGGCCCUCAACAAUAGGCACUCAAUAGAGUGUGUGACUGCGUGUGUGUGUGUACUACUGGACUAGUAGGUUGUUACAAUAAUGUAGCUAAAGACAUCAUUGACCAAACAGAAGGAAAACCAAUUGAAGUGGAUCUUCCUCAGAAGUUAACAAAAUGAUGAAUACCGUAAAUAGUUUCCCCAAGAGGGAGGGAAGGCCAGCUUGCGUGUACCUUUCUAGUUUCUUUGUUUCCUAAGUAUGGUCCACCUGCAGGAUUGUUUCAAUAGUCAAUAUCCCAACGUAAAUAUUAGUGAUGUCUCGCUCUUUUGCAUGGUUACCAACUCUAUAAGUAGCAAACUACUUUACCAGGUAACAUCUUGGUUUAUUUUUGCAUCAAGGGAGACCACAAAAAGAUAGGGAAAACUUCAGUAGCCUACUGUUGGUAUUUACUACUAGUCCAAGCAUUCAAAAGGCGCUUCAUAGAGGGAGGGAGAAGGAUAAAGCAAAGAUCAAAAGUAACAGAUGUUUCUUCCACAUUUCUAGUCUCUCAUUGUAAUAUACAAACCUCAUUCUGUUUUAGAGCAUUGAUUUCGUUCCUAUCUCUCCAAUCCUAUCAACUUAGAAAAUGGAAGUGAUUCCAUCAAGGAGAAAUAAUAACAGGAGGUUUAGGAGAAUUUGUGUUUUCUGCGGUAGCAGAGCUGGAAACAGACCCUUGUUUGAUGAAGCAGCUCUUGAACUUGGUAAACAACUGGUGGAAAGAAAAAUCGAUUUGGUUUAUGGAGGAGGAAGUAUAGGCCUUAUGGGAACCAUAUCUAAGACUGUAUUUCAAGGUGGAUGCCAUGUUCUCGGCAUAAUCCCUAGACCGCUCCUGCCAAUUGAGAUAGUAGGAGAAACACACGGGGAAGUGAAGAUAGUUGCAGACAUGCAUCAGAGGAAAUCAGAAAUGGAAAAGCAUGCUGAUGCUUUUAUUGCUCUUCCUGGUGGUUAUGGAACCAUGGAAGAACUGUUAGAAAUGAUAACUUGGUCCCAGUUGGGAAUUCAUGAAAAACCUGUUGGCUUGAUGAAUGUUGGUGGGUACUUCAACAGCUUGCUUACGUUAUUUGAUAAAGGGGUUGAGGAGGGUUUCAUAGCAAAGGCAGCAAGAGACAUAGUGAUUAUAGCAGAUUCAGCAGAAGAGCUGCUGAGGAAGAUGGAGGACUAUGCACCAGCACAUGAUACAGUUGCACCCAAACAUGAAAGAACCAACUCUUCCUAAUUCAUCUGUUGUAUACUCUCAUACUCUCAUGUGCAAACUUCAAUUUGUUAGAGUUCAAUAGCAAAUCAUAGAAGCCGGUAACAAAAACGUAAAAUUUCUGUCAUGAAGUAGAAGAAAUAUGACCUAGCUUGUACAUCCAUUUGCACAUUUCCUCGUUGUCUUUUUGGGCCUCUCAAUCACAUCAAUGAUCAAUGUAAAGGGAGACCUUCCUUAGCCUCUGUA